AUGAAACAAAAAGGAACUUUAUCAAAAACAAAAAUAUUGAAUCAAUGUCCAAUAGCAUUCAGUGUGCGUUGUUCCAUCUGUGAUACACUCAUAAAAGCUCGUUAUAAUCGGUUUACUAUCAAUGGCAAAACAUUGAAUGAUGUACUACCUGGUAACGAACUUGAUAGUAAACAUCUAACAUAUGGUGAAUGUUAUGAGAAAUAUGCAUCUUUAUUUCGCUUGUUAUCUCCGACAGAGGCGGAAAAAGAUGAUGAUAUUAUUGAUGAGUCAAAUAAAACAUUAAUUUGUACAAAAUGUUGCGAAAAACUUCAAUUAGCACAUGAAGCACUUACAAAAUUUACAAGUGUAUUAGCAUAUGUUGAACGUGUACAUAAUAAAACAAAACGUUUGAAUAAAACAAGAAAAAAUUAUAGUAAGAAAAAAUCGAGAAAAUAUUCACUUUUUAAAAAAGUAAUAAAUCAUCACCAAGAUGAUAUUGAUCAUGAUGAUUGUGCAAAAUUGAGCAUUGUCGAAGACCAAGAAGACGACGAGGAAGAGAAUAUUACAAUAAAAAUGGAUGAAGCAGUGGCACAGGCUAAUAAUGACGAUGAGCCAGAUAUCAUAAUUAAAAAUGAGCCAAUUGUUGAACAACAAAUAGAACCACUACGUCUUGUGGUAGAAUUAAAAGAUACAGAUGAAAGAUUCAGCGAUUUUUAUAGAAAAACUGAUCAACAACAUAUUGUUUUACAAAACGAUGAUUCAGGUAUACAGCUACGUGAACCAAUGGCAUGGUCAAAUGAAAACAGUCAAAUACCAAUGAUAGUUCGUUUACCUUGCCCAUAUCUGUCUCCAGUUGGACUAACUGAUAGUAUGUCAGCUCAAAUUAAUAAGCAAUUAUAUCGUCCAUUACUGGGCAAUAAUAGUGGCAGUUACCAGACAGUUCAAUAUGUUACUACAGGUCCACAACCUAUAAGAGAAUCUACGGAAAUAUCAGCAUCGAAAAAUCGAAAAGACAAUAGCAGGACUAAGAAGAAUGGCCAACACGUACCUCCAAACGUUAAAGCCAGUGGUGGGUAUAUUCAUCCAAUUUAUUCACGUAAUGCAAAUAUAAGUGAAUAUUAUCGAAAUGGAUUAGCAAAUUCUACUAUGCGUCCAGAUCUUCUAUCAACAUCGAUGAUUACAAAUGGAGUGGGAAGUGAUGUUGCCGGAAUGUUCCACUCGCCACAACCACAUGAACAAAAUCGUUCAAAUUAUAAAAAUAACAAUUUAGACAAACAUAAUAAUCGUGUUUGGCACCUCGAUGUCGACUCACCUUCAAAUACACAUCCGUCGGAGAAGGGACAAGCAUACCAAAGUUUCCUAGUUAAUUCCAAUGGAAAAUCCAAAAAUAAUAAUAGGCCAUUGGUCGAUAAAAAUCCAAUUGAUUAUGUUGUAGAUAUGUCACCAGAAGAAUCAUUAUCUCCCAAAUCACCUGUAUUAUCUGAAACUUUAAAUAUUGGUAAUACACGUCUUGGUCGUCGUCAAUAUGAUUAUGUUAGGAAAUUAGAUGAUCAAAUGAAACUUAACGCAUAUUUAGAAGAAUCAGCUGCUGAACAUAAUUGUCGAUGGACUUGGCGGCGUACAUCUGCAAAUAGUCGAGGCUACAAAGUUUACUAUGUAUGUAACUUUAGUAUGCGUCGACACUAUUAUCCGUGUCCCGCAGCGAUGUACGCCCUGUUCCAUCCCGAUGGGUUUAUAUCGAUUUAUGCUUGUGGUGAACAUCGGCAUGAACCAAAAGAUCCGUUACCAGUGAGCAUUACUGAUGAAACAAAAGAAGAAAUAUUCAAGUGUUUACAAAAUGGCAUGACAGCGACAGAAAUAAGAGAUCAUUUAAAUAAAAAGUCACUGUCAUUUGGUGAUGCGAGAAAAUUAAACAAUUUUAUCAAAUAUCAUAAAGAAUUACUUCGAUUUGGUACGGUGACAAAUGUUAGACCUGGAGGCACAGCUUAUCGUCAGCCACAAUGUUGGGCAAUUAGACGACAACAUACCACGUUAGAGCCUACAACACCAAAAAUACCUCAUAAUGGCAGCAUAAGUGUGAAUAUGGUUAAUGGUGGUGAUAAUAUAACGACCACGUCGGCACCAUCAUUAACCAGUGUUAAUGGAAGAGCAAGUUAG